AUGGCCUCAAAUCGUCGCGAGCUGCCGCAUCACAUCAGGCCCUUAGCUGACCGUCGCACUCUCCCGCAGACUCACGAUGUCCAUUCCCCGAACGACAUGGUCAUGGACACGGACGAUUACAUCAGCGUCGCCAACGAGCCCGAGAACGUCGCCAUCAUCAACCCCGACAACCUCGAGCAUGGCGAAGCCGAUCAGCUGCAAGAUCUCCCCAUGGCCAACGACCGCGAUGCCAUUCUUUCCAAGCUCCCCACGCUAACCGUCAUCAUGGCUUUAGACGAGGCGAUGAAGGAGCUCUGCCUCCCACCGUUGAUCGAUGAACCCAAGAUCCUUGGAGACUACAACCAUACCUGGACCGUCGAGAACUGGCGCACUCUGAGCAAGAAGGAGCAUGGGCCUAUUUUCCAGGCUGGCGGCUUCCCAUGGCGCAUUUUGCUCUUCCCACAUGGAAACAAUAUAGAUCAGUGCUCCAUCUACCUUGAGCAUGGCUUCGAAGCCGAUAGCGUCCCCGAGAAUUGGAGCUGCUGUGUGCAGUUCGCGCUCGUGCUAUGGAACCCGAACGACCCAAGCCUAUACGUCCACCAUGCUGCCCACCAUCGGUUCACCAAGGAUGAGGGCGACUGGGGCUUCACCCGCUUCGUCGAGCAUCGGCGUAUGUUUAAUGUACCAUGGGAGGGUGGUAGUCGACCGCUCUGCGAAAACGACACGGCCAACAUCACCGCCUACCUUCGCCUAGUCGACGAUGAGACGGGUGUGCUGUGGCACAACUUUAUCAACUAUGACUCGAAGAAGGAGACGGGCUACGCUAUCUACGGAAUCCCCACCGAGAACGACCCGAGCAUGCACAACAGCACUUAUACCCUACAACGACUAUUUUACCAACUACAGACCUCUGACCAGGCGGUGGGAACCAACGAGCUCACAAAAUCAUUCGGCUGGGAUACCCGACACAUCUUCGAGCAACAGGAUGUCCAAGAAUUCUCUCGCAAACUCAUGGAGAGAAUGGAGGAGAAGAUGAAGGGAACCGAAGCCGAGAAUGUCUUGCCUGGGAUGUUCAGCGGCAAGAUCAAGACUUACAUUUCGUGCAUCAACGUCGACUACGAAUCCAGCCGUAUCGAGGACUUCUGGGACAUUCAGCUGAACGUCAGCGGCAACAAGAACCUUCUCGAGAGCUUCCAGGACUACAUUCAAGUGGAGAAAAUGGAUGGCGAGAACCAGUACUUUGCCGGUGACGAGCACAAGCUUCAGGAUGCCAACAAGGGUGUCAUUUUCACCAGCUUCCCGGAUGUCCUGCACCUGCAACUGAAGCGGUUCGAAUAUGACAUUCAACGCGACAUGAUGAUGAAGAUCAACGAUCGAUACGAAUUCCCUGAAACGUUCGACGCCGCGCCGUAUUUGUCCGAGGAUGCUGACAAGUCUGUCCCGUGGACGUAUCAGCUUCACAGUGUCCUGGUUCACAGUGGUGACCUUAACGCAGGCCACUACUAUGCCUUCCUGAAGCCCGCGCAGGAUGGCUGGUUUUAUAAGUACGAUGACGACAAGGUGACCAAGGCCACGCUGCGGGAGGUGAUGGAGGAGAACUUUGGCGGCGAGUAUCGAACGGCCAACGGCUAUCCACGCGCCCCCCUGCAGAAGAAGGUCCCGAUCAUGCGCCAAAACAGCGCGUACAUGUUGGUGUACAUCCGCCAGUCGCGCAUAGACGAUAUCCUCUGUCCAGUCACCAAGGACGACAUUCCGCUUCACCUCAAACAAAAAUUUGAGGAGGAAACGGCCCAACGUGAGGCCAGGAAGAAGGAGCAAAGAGAGGCGCAUCUGUACAUCUGGGCCAAGGUGAUCACCGAUAAGUCUUUCCAACAAUUUAGCGGAACCGAUCUGUGCCAAUUCGAUGCGAAUCCCGACGUGGACCCAGCUGCACCAAGCUACUACCGAGUGCUCAAAGCAAUGACCAUGGAGGAAUUCGUGGGACAAGUUGCAGCAGACAUGGGCGAGGAUCCACGCAGGGUGCGGUUGUGGCUCAUGGUGAAUCGGCAAAACAAGACAAUCCGCCCCGACCAGCCGAUCAUGGACCUACGGCCUACAGUAGACGAAACCUGCUCUCGAUCAGCUGCUCACCGGGAUUCAAGUCUCCGUGUGUGGGCUGAAGUUGCUGAGGAAGUCAAUGCAGAUGGUGAGGCAAUCUGGCCUUCGUACCAGAGCCAGCCAAACGGCGUGAUUAUGAAGAACGAGGUCAUCCUGCUUCUCUUGAAGCACUUCGAUAUCGAGACUCAAUCUCUAAGGGGUGUUGGCCACGUCUACAUCUCCAAGGAGAAGAAGGUAGAGGAGCUUGUCCCCCUUAUCAUGAAGAAGAUGGGUUGGGGAGACAAGCUACCAGCCGACGAGAAACUUUCCCUCUGGGAGGAAAUCAAACCGACCAUGAUCGAGCCUUUGAAGCCUAAGCAGUCUUUGAAGGUUGCAGAACUGCAGGACGGAGACAUCAUUUGCUUCCAGCGAAGCACAGAGCGCAAGGCCAGUAUGGAGAAGCGCUCUGGCGACAAGCCUAUGCAAGAAACGGUCAACACAUCAGAGCACUUUGAGGAUGCGCGCGAGUAUUACGAUUUCCUUGAGCAUAAGCGAACUGUCAAGUUUCAUCCUCACCCUACCCGGUGUGACCAGGCUCAAUACCCUCCUUUCGAGCUGGUGCUCAACUCUAAGAUUACGUACGACACGCUCUCGGAACGGGUUGGAGCUCAUCUGGCUGUGCAACCCACUCACAUUCGGUUCUGGACUGUGAACGCAUCAACCCAGAAUCCCAAGACACCCGUGAGACGAGGAGCAAACCCAACACUGCGGCAGAUUCUAAACCCGAUGGGCUCCACGGCGCUCAACUCAACCCAACGGAACGACGCAUUCUACUUUGAAGUGCUUGAGAUGAGUCUCGCUGAGCUGGACACCAAGAAGAGCAUCAAGGUGAUCUGGCUGAGCGAGGGCAUCACCAAGGAGGAUCAAUACGAUCUCCUUGUCCCCAAGACGGGUACAGUCGACGACGUGGUCGAGGCAUUGAUCAAAAAGGCGCAACUUCCAAGCGAGGCUGAAGCUGGUAGGAUACGGGUGUACGAGACCAGCUCGAACCGAUUUUACCGAGAGCCGCUCCGCGAGCAUCCUGUCAUGAACCUUAACGAGUAUGCACAGAUCUAUGCUGAACGUGUUCCUCAAGAGGAGGCGAACGCCGAUGAGAACCACUUCAUCCAGGUUUUCCACUUCCAGAACGACGUCAGCCGAGUUCAUGGUGUACCUUUCAAGUUCUUGGUCAUUGAAGACGAGAAGUUCGCCGACACAAAGAAGCGGCUGGAGAAGCGAACUGGAAUCAAGGGCAAGAGCUUUGAGAAGAUCAAGAUCGCGGUGGUGCGACGGUCUAACUACUCGAAACCACAAUAUCUCAACGAUGACGACGUAUUAUCAUCCUUUAUACAAGGGGAGGAUGACUACCUCGGGUUCGACCAUGUAGACAGGACAAGGACGCUGAGGAACGGCGUUGGGGACCUGUUUCUUCGAUAA